UCUCUCUCUCUUAUCCCGGUGGAAGCACGCGCCCUCCCGCCCGUUAGCUACCUCUCUCUGUCCGCUGGUUGUUGUCUCACGAGGCUUGAGAGUGACGGUGUCACGGUAACAUGGUUUGCAGGGCUCAGCCGCAGUAGCAGUAGCAGCAUAAGAAGAGAAAGAAGCAGACAGUAGCUGGGUGUACGAAGCAGCCACUCUCCCAUCUCCCAUCAAUCGACCGGAGGACGCAGCCAGACCAAGCCGAGCAUCCCCUCAUCUCCUUCGGUAUCUCUCGCUGCCUCGUCCCCAUCGCGACGCUAAGUGAUCAGGAGCUUGCGGCGCUCUCUUUUAGAUAAAGGGUUGUGACCAGGGGCCCGGUAGGUGUUGUUGCCGCUGUAGUCCAUCGCUGAGGUCGUCUCGGAGACCGAGUGUGUGUCGCCACGGUGUUGUAUCGUUGCCAUGGGGAAACAGAACAGCAAGCUACGGCCAGAGAUGCUUCAGGACCUGAGAGAGAACACUGAGUUCUCUGACCAUGAACUACAGGAGUGGUACAAGGGCUUCCUGAAGGACUGUCCCAGUGGCAACCUGAACGUAGAGGAGUUCAAGAAAAUCUACGCUAACUUCUUCCCUUACGGAGAUGCCUCCAAGUUCGCUGAGCACGUCUUCCGAACGUUCGACACAAACAAUGACGGCACCAUCGACUUCCGGGAGUUCAUCAUCGCGCUGAGUGUCACGUCACGGGGAAAGCUGGAGCAGAAACUUAAGUGGGCCUUCAGCAUGUAUGACCUGGAUGGGAAUGGGUACAUCAGCCGUGAUGAGAUGCUGGAGAUCGUACAGGCCAUUUAUAAGAUGGUGUCGUCUGUGAUGAAGAUGCCGGAGGAUGAGUCCACGCCAGAGAAGAGAACAGACAAGAUCUUCAGACAGAUGGACCUCAACAACGAUGGUAAACUUUCACUGGAGGAGUUCAUUAAAGGUGCCAAAAGUGAUCCCUCCAUCGUGCGGCUACUCCAGUGUGACCCCAGCUCCGCCUCCCAGUUCUAACCCCGCCCACCUGGCCUGCCACGUCCACCCCGAUUGCUAUGGAAACACUCCAAUCAGUGCAUGAUGGUUCUCGUCUCUCAUAUCUUUUUGGUGUACAAGUUGGAAUAAGAGAUUUAAAAUGAGAUAAAACAAAAAUCAUUGUAAUUUAAUUUUUAAAAAUAUAUAAACGAAAGAAGAGACAAGCAUAGAUUAUUAUUAAGAAGAUAAUUACGACAACUUAUAAUUACGCCAAGGCGUUCCGUUGUCCGAUGUGUUUUCCCGUCUCUCUCCGGAUCCGGAAGGAUGAAAUUCUGGAAGGAAGGGAUGGAAUUCCGCUGAGCACCGCUGCCUCACAACAUCAGGAAGUCCGUCGGCCAUUUUUACAAAGUCGGGAAUUUUGGGGAAGAGAAUUAAGGGAACAUUCCAUCCUGAGAACCAUGCAUGACCUUCUGUAUUCUAAUCAUUCUGUUCCAUAGAUUCUGUUUCUCCUCCAAUCAAGGCACAGCUUCUCCAAUCCUCUUCCACUUUUAUAUCCAUGUUUAUGUGUAUAUAGAAUGCAUAUAUAUGACAUCAUACAAAAUGAAUAGCCAAGUAUAUCUGUCUUUAUAACUCUGGUUGCAUUCAGAAGGCAGUAUUAUGUAGCUGAGUUGUUUGCUCUGAUCCGAUAUAGGAAUUCCAUAGCGGUUUUCCAUAGAGGGAAUAUGAGACUGAGAAAGGAAAAGGAGUUGGAAUUUUCCUGUUAUAUGAUCUUUCACUGGUGAAAAGAAAGCUGUUGAAGAUACCAUUGGGUUUUUAUUAUUAAUUGAUUAUACAUUUUAUUUUUUAACAUAAUAUUGUUUUCUUCCUCAUGUUGUUUACUUGUAUUGAUUUAUUUUAAUUAUUGUGGUUUUAAUUUGAUUUGUCAUUGAAGACGAUCGUAACCCAGUAAUGGAAAAGAGUAGAAAGAAAGAAAGAAAGAAAGAAAGAAAGAAAGAAAGAAAGAAAGAAAGAAAGAAAGAAAGAAAGAAAGAAAGAAAGAAAGAAAGAAAGAAAGAAAGAAAGAAAGAAAGAAAGAAAGAAAGAAAGAGACUUGGAUAAUGACUUGUCUUUGGAAACCGUCCGUCUCAUAUCUGUCGAAGAUGGAAUGUUGAGAUUCCAAAACUCGGCAUGGAAGGAACAUUUGAUUCCACAAUGCAUUUGGGCAACGAAACCAGUAGCAGCACAUCAUAUAUUUUGAGCCGCCACGAGUGUAUGCAUGCAUGCAUGUAUGUAUGUGUGUGUAUGUCUGAGUGUGUGUGUGUGUAUGUGCAUGUGUGUACAGUGUGCAUGUGUACAGUGUGUGCAUGUCCAGGCUAACUUAACAGUCUAAUCAAUUUGUGUUGUUUAUUAACAUGUAAUAUAAGUAUUUAAAAGUUAUUUAUUUCAACACUUUAUCGCAUCACUGAGCAGUAAAGUACAGUAGUCACAUCGUCACACACCACACUGCAUGGUACGAACAAAAAAUACAAACAAAAAAAACUGAAAAUUAGAUUUGUAGCUCUUCUCUCUUCAGCAGUACUCUUACUGUAAAAUACCAGACCACUCUUACUGUAGGCUACCAGACCACUCUUACUGUAAAAUACCAGACCACUCUUACUGUAGGCUACCAGACCACUCUUACUGUAAAAUACCAGACCACUCUUACUGUAGGCUACCAGACCAUUCUUACUGUAAAAUACCAGACCACUCUUACUGUAGCUUACCAGACCACUCUUACUGUAGCCUACCAGACCACUCUUACUGUAAAAUACCAGACCACUCUUACUGUAGCUUACCAGACCAUUCUUACUGUAGGCUACCAGACUACACGCAGAAGACGCACGUCCCGUCUUUGCACACUCGUGUGUGUCCGUGUGUGCAACUUUGAGACAGACCCCCUCCUUCCCUCCCUCUCCCCCUCCUUCCCUCCCUCUC